AUGUAUAUUUUCAAGCCCAUGAAUCACUUAAUUUGGUACCUGACUUUGCUUUGCUUCUGCACUGCCGGCGCAAAUGAAAGCUUUGAAUUUAUUUUAUCGACUGAGCUACCACUGGCCGAUAAUCGACCCGAAAUAUCCAUUUCUAAUGAGCCUGCCGUAAUUCCAACAAACCCAGGAAUCCCUGUUGCGCUACAGACCGAAACGCCAGAACCACAACCGGUUAAAAUUCGUCGAAGUGAUCUCGUACAUACUGGCACGCCAGCUGGAAUUUAUUUUCGAAUUAGCCAGAAGGGUGUGGACUACAUCACUGGUCUUGCGGCAGAAGCACUACCACAGCUGCUUGAAAAUUCUCAGAUGCCGACUGUGGAGCAGCCACAAAUCAAAAUUUCACAGUUAACCAUUGACAAAUUUAGCAAUCCAGCAAUACAGGCCAGGUUUAUUGCCAACGCGGGUGUUGAAGCGCAAGUGCAUUUGCCUCAGGUCAUGCUGAACGCCAUCUACGACGCAUCAACUUUCUUUGCCACUUACAAGGGCAAGUUCAAGGCAGAAGUGAAGAAUCUGAGUGUUAUCAUGGAAGUACACAUUAGCAGGAAUGAAACUGAAAAAAUAAAUAUCAUUGAGGCAAAUUAUCAUACACCAGUGUGUAACGUGACGUCGAGUCUCGUCCGAAUUGUGUUUGCCGGGGAUAUGUCAACUUACCUCAACCUAAUGAGGUAG